AUGUCGGGCAAAGUAUGGGCAUCACAUAUAAAUCAUGCAGCUAGAGGGCUAAGUCAACCAACAGCUUAUGGAAAACGAAUGGAUCGACUGUCAAACCGGAUUUUUAAUGAAGUAAGGGUUUUAGUUAUCUUCUUUUGUUUUUAGGUUUAUAAGGCAAGUUUCAACAAGUAAUUGAUGUCGAAGUGUUAAAUAGUUAUUUAUACAUCUAUUAUCUUUUUAAUAUACAUUUUUUCGGUUCAAAAGUUUAUGAAAUAUGUUGUUUUAGGUAGUCCGUCCGACAGACGCACGUUCACGCAAGGUUGUGCGUGUGAUGGCGGCCGAACCUCGUGAGCAACAUCCAGAAAAGAACACUGAAUAUUUUCCAAAUCUGCCUAUGUUCCAUUACUUAUCCAAAAUGCUCCGAUUCCAUGGAUUGUUCUUCGAUGAGCACGUUGUUUGGAGACAAGUUCAGAACGAGUUGAAGAUCUUAAGAGGAAAAGUUGUACAUCCAGUUAUAGGACAAGGAAAGCGAGCUCAAAUUAGAAGCAAGAAAUAG